AUGUCUGAUGUGACGUUAAAUCAGCCAUCGUUUGUUACUGGUUUUAUUGAUAUUUAUCGACAGUUACCAAGUUUAUGGAAUAUUAAGUCAAAACAGUAUUCAAAUCGAAAAGAAAAGGCAAAGGCGUAUGAGAAACUUAUAAGUUAUUGCAAAACCGUAGACAAAAAUGCUUCGAUGGAUAUGGUAAAAAAGAAAAUUAAUAAUAUUAGAAGUGCCUUUCGAAAGGAGCACAAAAAAGUUCUAAAAUCAAAAAGAAGUGGAUCAUCUACAGAAGAGCUGUAUGAGCCAACUCUUUGGUAUUAUAAAUUAUUGCUUUUUACGGCUUCGCAGGAAGAACCUAGGAUGUCAGUUUCAAAUGAUGAUGAGUCGGAGUCGGAGGGUGACGAUGCCAAUAAUGAGGAAGAUGUCACCCAGCAUGAUACUCAAUUUUCACCGCUUACUGAAGAUGCGUUGCAAGCACCGUCUGAAAUAUAUCAGCUAUCACCACCACAAACACCGCAUCAGUCAUCAACCUAUUCACGUCCAUCAACUUCCAGAUCUUCUAAUAGUGCAAAAAGAAAGAAGUAUGGACAGGAAGAAAGUAUCCAAAGGAUUUGCGCUAAGUUGGACAGAGAAAAUGAUGAAUGUGACAGUAUUGGAGAAAAUGUGGCCCAUAAACUGCGCCGAAUGGACAGCGACCAGAAAAUGUUCCUGCGGUUGCUGCUCCUGCUGCCUCCGCAGAGGCUCGUCGCUCCACAUCGCGGGGUAGCAGGAUCCUGCUUUCAAUCCUGCAGCGCGCGCCUAUCGAUCUUGCGACUGCUGCUUGCUUGCCUGCCGUGGACCCGCGACGGAAGGAAGGACAUCCAGCAGGCUGCGACCGACGACGCCACAGACGCUUAG